AUGCCUGCCGAGUUCCUUGCUAGCAACCCCCCCCCGCUCUGGCUCACCCUCUACCACAUUGUCACCCGCCUCCCUGACUCUCUGCGCACAGUCAGGGACUCCUUUCUAGCUCGCUCCCCUACUGAGCUCACCAUUGCCCUCCUCGAGAAGGACCUACUUGCAGCUGAGGCGAGCAUCGUCGCCGUAGGUGCCUCUCGUGGCGAGCCCCGCACCCCCUUCUUCGAGGGGUGUUCCCCUUCCCCCCUUCUCCCCUCUGUCGCCACUGCUGCUGCUGUCGACCUCCUUGGUGCUGAGAAGGUCGGGGCUGCGUCUGCUUCGAGCGGGCGCCGCAAGAGCAGGGGGGGCAAGGGUGGGGGUGGAGGCGGGGGAGGCGGGGGUGGAGACAGUGGAGGUGGCGGUGGGUCUGGAGAGGCUAGUGGCGGCAGUGGGGGUGGUGACAGCGGCGGCGGGGGUGGUGGCAGAGGCGGAGGUGGCAGCGGCGGCGGUGGCGGUGGCGGUCGUGGCCGUGGCAGGGGUGGAGGUGGCCGAGGCGGUGGCGGUGGCGGUGGCGGUGGUGGCCGUGGAGACGCUGGAGGUGGCCAGAGUCAGCAGCACGCCCCGACCCUCCAGGCCGCCCGUGAGUGGUACGCGCAGCGUGGGUACACUUGCACGUACGUCAUCCGCACUGGUGACCGCACUGGCCAGCCAUGUGGGAGGCCGCACCCCACGCAGCGCUGCUUCCAGCGCCUGACUGACGCGUGGCGCAUCCAGUUUCCUGGGUCUACUGAGCUCCCCCGCUGGCCUGAGCUGGAAAAGAAGGGUGUUGAUAUCUGGGCUUUAGACUUUGAUGCUAUUCUCACUGCUAUGUAUGCGAUGUCUAUUAGUGGAGAGGGUGCCCAGUACUUGCGUGUUCCGCCUGACCCGGGCAUUCAGGCCAGCCCAGCUGCUGCUCUAGGUGCUAGUGUGUCUGCUCCCACAGGUCCUCCUGCAGCAGCUGCCCUAGGUGCUAGUGCGUCUGUGCCCCCUGGUACUGAGUCGACUGCAGCACUGCACACCUUCACACUGGACUCAGGUGCUUCUCGCUCUUUCUUCCGUGACCGCACUGUCCUUGAGCCACUAGCUCGGCCGGUUGCUGUCUCUCUUGCUGACCCCUCUGGGGGUCCGGUCAUUGCGACCUCCUCCACUACACUUCCGUGUCCAGCGUUCACCCCUGCCUACGAGCGUGUGACACACUGCACGUGUGCUCGGACGGGCCGCCACCUGGCUACUUUCACUCGAGAGCCGGGGUCGGACCUGUACACACUGACCACUGAGUCCCCUCAGGUAGCUGCGUCUGCGUCUGCGUCAGGUCAGCUGUCCGCCCCCUGCUCGUGUCGCUCUCUGGCACAUGAGACUGUCCUCUGGCACCACCGCCUUGGUCACCCGUCUGUGCAGCGCCUUCGGGCCAUGCACAAACGGGACCUUGUUACUGGUCUUCCCAGGGUGCUCCCUCCCCUUCCCGACUCCCCUGCUCCUGACUGCAUUCCCUGUGUCGAAGGGCGGCAGCGCGCCGCUCCUCACUCCUCCUCCUUUCCCCCGACGACUGCUCCCUUGCAGACGCUCCACAUGGACGUGUGGGGCCCAGCCCGCGUCCGUGGUCAGGGUCAGGAGAGGUACUUCCUGAUAGUUGUUGACGACUACUCGCGCUACACCACGGUCUUCCCCUUGCACGCCAAGGGUGACGUCCCUGGUGUUUUGAUCCCCUGGAUCAGCCGAGCCCGUCUCCAGCUAGGCAAGCGCUUUCACUCGGACUUUCCUGUCCUGCGCUUGCACUCUGACAGAGGUGGUGAGUUCGCCUCCGACCUCCUGGCAGCCUACUGUGCUGAGCACGGCAUUGAGCAGUCGUUCACGCUUCCGGCCUCUCCGCAGCAGAAUGGGGUAGCUGAGCGCCGCAUUGGCCUAGUCAUGGAGGUCGCUCGUACCUCCCUGACCCAUGCGGCUGCUCCCCACUUUCUGUGGCCGUUUGCGGUCCGAUACGCUGCGCAUCAGCUCAACCUCUGGCCCCGUGUCUCCUUGCCGGAGACUUCCCCGACUCUGCGGUGGACGGGAGAGGUUGGCGAUGCGUCGCGUUUCCGGGUCUGGGGAUCUCGAGCUUUUGUCCGCGACACGUCCGCGGACAAGCUCUCGCGUCGCGCCGUUCCCUGUGUCUUUCUUGGCUUUGUGCCUGACGCGCCUGGAUGGCAGUUUUACCACGUCACCUCGCGCCGGGUUCUGGCCUCUCAGGACGUCACUUUUGACGAGUCCGUCCCCUUCUACCGCCUCUUCCCCUACCGCACUGCCCCGCUCCCCCCCCUGCCUCUCUUCCUCGCUCCAGGUGCUGAGGUACCAGACCCCCUCCCCCCUCAGGGUGCCGCUCCCUCAGGUGUGUCCCAGGUAGACCCGGGUGAGCCUGUCGAGGUAGCUGUUGACUCGCGUCCUGAGUCUGGGGGUGCUGAGUCUGGGGGUGCGGAGCCUGGGGGUGCUGAGCCUGGAGGUGCGGAGCCUGGAGGUGCUGAGCCUGGAGGUGCGGAGCCUGGAGGUGCGGAGCCUGGAGGUGCUGAGUCUGGGGGUGCUGAGUCUUCGGGUGCUGAGCCUGCGCGUACUACACCUGGAGGAGCCCUCUCCUCCCAGCAGCUGCAGGAGAGGUACCUCGAGUACUGCCGCCUCCGGAGAGGUGCUUCUGGAGCUCGUCCCAGUACUUCCCCUCCUACCCAGGAGCUCCCCCCCAUUCAGCAGAUCCGAGAGUGGUACACACGGCGCUGCAGUCUUCGGAGUGGUGCUCCUGGUGCUGCGGACCCGAGCGGUGGCGCUGUUGCUGGUGCUGAGGACCCGGACGCUGGAGCUGCUGCUGGUGCUGAGGACCCGGGCGUUGGAGCUGCUGCUGGUGCUGAGGACCCGACCGGCGGCGCUACUGCUGGUGCUGAGGACCUGACCGGUGGCUCUGCUGCUGGUACUGAGGACCCGGGCGUUGGAGCUGCUGCCCGUGCUGAGGACCCGGGCGUUGGAGCUGCUGCUGGUGCUGAGGACUCGGGCGUUGGAGCUACUGCUGGUGCUGAGGACCCGACCGGUGGCGCUGCUGCUGGUGCUGAGGACCCGGGUGUUGGAGCUGCUGCUGGUGCUGAGGACUCGGACGUUGGCGCUGCUGCUGGUGUCCCUGCUGGUUCUGGAGACGCUGCGCGGCCGCGACCGUACUUCGUACCGCUCCUUCAGCAGGUUCUUGGUCAGGCUCCUCCUCCUUGUCCUCCUCCCUCCGUAGAGUGUCCUCUGCCUGUCCAGCCGCAGUCACAGUUACCGCCUGCCUCGCCUCUCCCUGCUCCCUCUCCUUACGCUGGUCCCACAGGAGGUCUUACAGAGCGUCGUGAGCCUGAGUCUCGUCCUGCGUCGCCUGUUUGUCCUGCUCGCACUGGUCGUCGUGUCCCGCGUGAGCGUCCUCCUCCUGUCCCUGGCACUCACUACAUGACUUUGCGUCCCUCCACUGCUCCGCAGCGUGUCCCGCUGCCGUCUCCUCCUGCGUCCUCUCUUCCUACUCUUCCUGACCCGGAGUCUGACUCCCGUCGUGCGGCCAGUCCCACUGUUACGCGUCUCCUCGCUACAGUUGUCACUGACCCGACCUUUGAGUCCUCUGCUGCGUCUGCUCUGGUCGCUGAGUUGGUUGACUUUGCUGCUCGCUGUCGCUUAGACUACGCUGCCAGCCUUGUCGCUGAGUCUGAGUCUGAGUCUGCCUGUCCUCCGUCCGUCGGGGGUGAGUGUGCUCUUGGCACGGACGUCCUUGAGGACAGACAGGAGGAGUUCCAGUGUCUUGCUGCUGCUUUGCCCCGUCUCGUGUCCUUGCUAGUUGCCCCUGAGGGAGACCCGGAUGCACCAGACAUCCCGACCCCACGCACUUACGCUGAGGCGAUGGCGGGUCCCUACUCCUCUCAGUGGCAGACGGCCAUGGACGCCGAGAUGGCUUCCUGGAAGUCCACACGCACCUACGUCGACGAGGUUCCCCCUCCUGGGGCGAACAUCGUCAGUGGCAUGUGGAUUUUCAGGGUGAAGCGGCCGUCGGGUUCUCCGCCUGUCUUCAAGGCGCGUUACGUGGCUCGAGGCUUCAGUCAGCGAGAGGGAGUUGACUUCUUCCAGACCUUCUCCCCCACCCCAAAGAUGACCACUCUUCGGGUGCUGCUGCACAUAGCCGCUCACCGCGACUACGAGCUUCACUCACUUGACUUCAGCACUGCUUUCUUGCAGGGCAGCCUGCACGAGGAGAUCUGGCUGCGCCGCCCACCUGGCUUCACUGGGUCGUUUCCUCCUGGUACCCAGUGGAGGCUUCAGCGGCCGGUCUACGGUCUCCGCCAGGCUCCGCGUGAGUGGCACGACACACUGAGGACUACACUUGCGGCUCUUGGGUUCGCGCCUUCUACAGCUGACCCGUCGCUGUUCCUGCGCACCGACACUUCGCUGCCGCCGUUCUACAUCCUCGUGUACGUCGACGACUUGGUCUUUGCCACUGCUGACACUGCAGGACUCGCCUACGUGAAGUCGGAGCUGCAGAGGAGACACACGUGCACAGACCUGGGUGAGCUGACAAGCUAUCUUGGCUUGCGGAUCACCCGGGACAGAGCACGGCGCACCAUCACCCUGACUCAGUCACACAUGGUGCAGCAGGUUCUCCAGCGCUUCGGCUUCACGUACUCCUCGCCUCAGUCCACUCCUCUGCCUACCGGUCACUCGCUCUCAGCUCUGCCUUCGGAUGAGUCCGUAGAGCCGAGUGGCCCGUAUCCAGAGCUUGUGGGCUGCCUCAUGUACCUGAUGACCUGCACUCGACCUGACCUUGCAUACCCUCUUAGCAUCCUUGCACGCUAUGUCGCUCCUGGCCGUCACAGGAAGGAGCACAUGGAUGCCGCUAAGAGGGUGUUGCGCUACUUGUGCAGUACGUCGGGCAUGGGGCUAGUGCUUGGAGGGCGAGACCGAGUUGUGCUCACAGGGCACUCAGACGCUUCUUGGGCAGACGACCAGGCCACUCAGCGGUCGUCUCAGGGUUACACCUUCAGCCUUGGCUCUGGCUCAGUUUCUUGGUGCUCUACACGCUCUUCUUCUGUUCUCGGCUCCAGUUGCGAGGCUGAGAUCUACGCUACAGCCAUGGCUGCCCAGGAGCUACGCUGGCUGACCUACCUGCUGACUGACCUCGGAGAGCCGCCUCGUUCUCCUCCAGUACUGUACGUUGACAACAAGGCAGCCAUUGCCUUGUGUGAGGAGCACAGACUGGAGCACAGAACGAAGCACAUCGCCCUGCGGUACUUCCUUGCUCGAGAGCUGCAGCAGCGCGGUCAGCUUUGUAUUCGCUACGUGGCCACUGAGGCCAACACUGCUGAUGUGUUCACCAAGGCGCUUCAGCCUCGUGACCAUCAGCGCUUCUGCACUCUACUAGGCCUUGUGCCUACUGGACCUCACUUGCUUACCUCUUGA